AUGGAGCUUUCCCCCUUGGCCUCACAGUACUGGAAGGUGAGCUUCGUGUCGCUGGGCGGGACCGCUGGCCAGCGGUCAACGUCGUUCUUGAGCCUGCUCAACAAGGUCCAGACACAAAACAGAAGCAACAAGCUCCGCCUACGUCAGCCCUCCCAGAACCAGAGUUCAAGCGCAAUCCCUACAUCGAAGGAGGUAAGGAAGUUUGAUGUCAUCAUCCUGCCGUCGACCACCCUCUUCUCCCUGGUCCAGUGGUCGUAUCCAGGCCUCCAUCGAGGAAAACGCUUCGACAAGGCUCAUCUUAAAGUGCGGACUGCGACCACAGAGCAAGGACACCAGGAAAUCCGGUCUGACACAUGCAUCGCUCACGUCGAGCUGCGAUCAGAAGAGGGCAACUUUCUCUUACAUCCCGAGUGUACCCUCAACUGCGAGGAACUCUGGACGAUGGACACCGACGUGCCCAUCAGGAUCAUCGGCCAGGUGCAGAAUAUUGAUGAGGUCUUGCGGAUCUUUCGCAGCACACAGAGUCGACUUUACGAGAUCUCUUCCAUCCGGAACCCUAGCUCUGAAGAGACGAGGCACGUGAACAGGGGUCUUCAGGAGGAUGUUGCAUCAGCCUCGCCUACUUUUAAGUAUUUCAACAUCAAUCCGAACCUCAAGCCUUCAGCCAUGUCACUUGGCCACUUCCGUCGAUACUCGCUGCUGGGUGAGUAG